GCCGAAAUGGCUGUCCAGCCCAAAGGUGCGCUUGCUACGAGAGCCGUGAUGAACAUUAGCAAAGCAGAGGAAGUCCGAAAGGAGACGGAGCUGAUGAUGAAGCCCCACGCAAACUGGGAGGAGUAUCUGAUGCCUGGGCCCAUUUCCAUCGCCCUCUUAGGGGAGCUGGCGUGCAUUGCUGCAGGACAAGGAGAUUUUGCCAUCAAUCUUGCCCCACCCGAGGGAGGCUACAAAUAUAUGAGGUAUCCGGACUCUUUCCAGGCCUCCCUGAUGCAGGUGAGCAACAGUGGGUGGCAUGCCUUCAGCAUAGCCCACAAGAAUAUGGAUGGCAUCCGGCUCCUUUCUAUGAGCGUCCCUGAGCAAAUCAAGAUGGUCAUGAAGACCUUAUUCCAGGAUGACCUUACCUUGAUAGAUGCUUUGCUCCCUGGACAGCUGUCCAGCCUGAAAUCGAUUGCAAAUGAAUGUUCUUCUUUGGCUAAGGCAGUUGACAAUAAGUUCAAUGAUGUUAUCUGUCUGAUUGGGGAACUCCUGGAAGUGUGUAUGAGUUCCAAAUCACAGUAUGAACAAGGAUUGACACAGUCCAAACGCGCCUUGGAAGACCUGAAGCUAAGAAAGGCAGCCGCUGAAGAAGCCCAGGCGAAAGCAGAGGAAUACUACAAGGAAGUAAAGAACAGAGUGACUGAUACGUUUGACGAUUAUAGAAAAGCGAUAGAUAGCAUUCCUACCGGCUGGAGUAGUGUAGUUCUGGAAUUCACUUCAACUUUAAGAGAAACCUUGACGUUGCCCAUUGCCAACCUGACAUCCUUGCUCAGCUUCAACGGAAAUAAGUUGCUUUCUCCAAUCGAGAGCAGAAGUGAGGAACAGUUUGAAAGUGGGAAUGACUUUAUAGCCAUGAACAACAUCUGUGCCCUAUCAGGUCAAAUGGCGGCAUUGGUGGACAGUCUUAAAACCGUGGUGGAUGAUGAAGGUAAUAUUGACAUGGAUGUCCUCUACAAUAAAAAACACAACGAAAUCAAAACCGUAUGGGUCAAAAUUAAAUCCCAGCAACUGUUAGAGAAAAUAAAAAAAGAAGGAAAGUGCAGCCUGAAAAAAUCGGCAGUGAAAAUAUGUAAAGAUAUAAUCGAGAUUUCCAAUAUGUUAACUGAAAGAGUAGAGUCAGGGAACAUAAACCAGAACAAACUGAUAAAGAAAAUGAACACCCUCUCGAUUGAUAUUGAGGUUUUCGAUAGCAGAAGCAAAUCCUGCAACCGCACAUCCCCUUUCGGUCCCAUGGCGCCAAAUAUGGUCAAAUCCCAGAAAAAUGCCCAAGAAAACUCAUCGUUGUCAUCAGCGGUGAAAAACAGCCUUUUGAAAACCGAGCAAACGAAAGAAAUGCUGAAGAUGAGUCAAGAAGAAUACCAGAAAAGCUUCGACAACUUAAAGCAGCAGAAUAAGGAUUUGCUGGACGUGCUCAGUGAAAUGAGGAAAUGUGAAAUAAAGGAGAUUGAUUUUGAAAAAGCCAAAAACAUGCUGAUCAAAGGCCUGGACGCCAUGGGAAGAGUGAAGGAGCAGUGGGAGAAGAUGGUGCGUUUCUUCCAGAUGAUCUCGAAUCUCAUUGAUUCUUGUCUCAAUAAGCGCCUGACCGAAUUUGUGAAAUCAGCCGAAGAUCUUCCCCAAAUUCCGAAUUAUUCCCACCAAGACUUUGUCCUAGAUAUGAUCUAUAAACAGGCCUUCAAUGCGUCCAACAUAGCUCAUUUGGUGCACAUGAUAUCCGAGACCUACACAGACGUGUCUUCAAAAUACCUGAUGGAUAAAGUGGGCAGUCUGAGCAGGCUUAUUUCCAUGGAUCCUUCUGAUCCCCAGUUCCGGAUGGAGCGGAUCAAACUAGCAGACGGCUGUGACAAUGCCCGAAAAGCCAUAGAGGACCUGGUCAUUAAGCAAAAGAAAGAAUUUGAAAAUAACAUCCAUGCCAGAGUGGCCAAAAUCAAUUCUGAGCUGAAGGCUAUCUUGCCGGAAGUGCCGGAAGCUGAGAGGAAAGCGAUCGAACAUAAUGUGCACAAAGGAAUGAGGGAAAUCACCGAGGAUGAAGCUGAUCAAUUCAUGUAG